AUGGGUGGCACUGCAGGUGCUAAUGGUGUGGGGAGUGGCGUGGCCGGAGCAGGAGGGCCAGGGGGUCAGCCUGGCAGGGCAGACCGUGUGAUCUACUCUCCGCCUCAGCAGCAGCAGCAGCCGCAGCAGCAGCAGGGGCAGCAGCAGCCGCAGGGGCAGUACCAAUCAGCUGCGCAGGUUCCAGUGCAAGCUAUGGGUGCAUCUGCGCUUGCCCCAGGCCAAAUGGCACCUCAACUUCAGACUCAGGGAUCCGCAGCUGUGCACCUUCCACAGCAGCAGCAGCUGCAACAGCAGCCACAGCAGCAGCAGCAGGUGGCACAGCAAGGGAUGGUGGGGAGUGCGCCUCAGAUGCAAAUGGCAGGAGGGGGGGUGAUGGGUGGGGGUAGUCGUGCUUACCAAGCAGGGGUUGCAGCACCACCCACUUCUACUGUCACCUCUCCUCCUCCUGCCCCUGGCAGUAGUAUGGGUGCUGAUACCAUGGGACAAAACCCUGGAGGGAUGGAGGGGCCAGGGCAAGGAGGUGCACUGGGGGAGAUGCAGCAGAGUCAGGGGGGGCAGUAUGGGCAGGGGCAGGUGCAAGGGGGCAUGGCAGGAGAGGCGAUUGGGGAGGGUGGGGUGGCUGGGUCAGGAACAAGCGAGCACAUGCAAGGGGGGUAUUAG